GUAAUACAAUUCAUAGUACCUUGGCAGUUCCAGAAAGCCAAUCACUUAAAAAUUAUAAACCACUUGAGUCUGGUAGGUUAAACACUUUAAGAUGCUCACUGGGUGCAUUAAAGUUGAUCUUACUUAAUAAAAUAUCAAUGGUUGGAAAUGGUAUGUUUACAGUUCAGUUGAAAAACCAUUUAAAAGAUUUGAAAGGAAGCAAAGAAGAUUUUGGUGGCAUUGGCAUCAUUACACUAGGAGACUUGCUUCAACUUAAACCUGUCAUGGAUGGCUACAUUUUUACUGAUAUUCAGUGUUUAAGUUCUUAUAAUAUUCUUGCUCCUAAUUUAUGA